AUGGUGCCGUUUAGGAAGAGGAUACAGAGGAGGAGGAAGCCGAUCAAAGAGACGGAGUUUGCGGUUCUCGGGAGCAUGGAAGAGUGUAUAGAGAAGAUGUGUUCAGCGACCGGUCCUUAUAAGGGCCCCGAUCCGUUCGACGCCAAGGGUUUGGUCCGAUACGGACAUCGUGGAUUGGUGAAUUACACGUGCGAGAAAGGGUUUCCUUGUUCUGCAAUAGUCACCGUUUAUGCCAGGUUGGGUCUGCAUCGUUACAAUUUUCUCAAUGGGACAAACUAUAAGCUCAAUCGCGUCAAGAGAUACAACCAGUCCACUGGUCCUGCUGCUUCCUCUUACUUCAUCACUUUGGUUGCCCAUGAUCCUGCUGCUGCUGCUUCCCGUCGUCAAACUUUUCAGACUAGAGUUAAUGAACAAUGUUAUGGCAAAUUGAACUUGACCUGCUCUAUUGCUAGACCUCGAGGGGAUAAAUCAUCUUGUCACACCGGGAAUAUCAGUAAGGCUGAUAGAUCACUGCUCUGGCACAUGCUUACCUUGUCUGACUGCCCGCCAGAGAAUCCUUUCGAGCAAUUAUACAAGGUGAACGAAUCAGAACUGCAAGGCAAUGACUGGAUUCGUCUAUAUAUGGAACUCGCAGUUGCCACAACUGAUAGGAACCGUUAUCAUCUCCCCAACUUGAAGAUUGUCAAAGUGGCCAUGGAUGGGGACGGACUCAAUGCCAAAAAUGCCGUUUUCUACAUACGGUAUUUGGACGAGUCCCGGGUUGGUAAGGAUGUUGAUCGCAUUGCUAUAGUCAGAAGAGCCAUCAACGACCUUUCGGGAUGCUUCAGUGUCAUCGGUCACAAUCAGAGUGCACAAGGUUUCUUUAGCCGGCCUCCACAAAUCAUGGCGGCCAAGACAAGAUCCAUUCCAAUAUGUGAAUUAGAUGAUCAAUUGUCGACUUAA